AAUCACGCAACUAAAGUACCAAAAUCGGACUCGGAAAGUCCGUUUGAAUGAUAAUCCUUGUGUGUGUUGGGUCUUUCAUGGUUUUUUUAUGAAUUAUGACUGAGAUUCCCCUGGAACCUUGACGCUCAAGAGAGGGGAAUGGAGGAAUCCAGGCCAUCCGGGUCCAUGGGGAGGGCCAGCACGUGAGCAUAUUGGUGCACUGAAGGCUCAAACAUUAGGCUUAAACAUCACGCUCGAAGGGCUCAGCCGCAGUGUGCCAGUCGAGGGCCGGCCGAGCAAGCGGGACAGCGGAAGAGAGGCGUGCCAUGGGUCUGGAUGUGACGCGCGUGCACGGGGAGGUGGACGAGGAGCUCUUGUGUCCCAUUUGUUCGGGCGUCUUGGAGGACCCGGUCCAAGCGCCCGAUUGUGAACACGCCUUUUGCCGGGACUGCAUUCGACAGUGGGUGUUGCGUCAGCCCACUUGCCCCGUGGACCGACAGCCCGUUACCGCCGCCCAACUUAAACCCGUACCGCGCAUCUUACGCAAUCUCCUGGCCAGGCUCGAGGUCAAUUGCGAAAACGCCCGUUUUGGGUGUGCGGUGACGCUCAAACUGGAUCUCCUACCCGGUCAUCUCAAGGAAUGCCCGCACAAUCCUAAACGGCCCGUUCCCUGCCAGCAAGGCUGCGGUUUGACCGUGCCGCAGGAUGAAAUGCAGGAGCACAAUUGCAUUCGUCAAUUGCGUCAAGUGAUUCAAACGCACGACCAAAAAAUGUCCGAGAUGCAGCAAGAUUUGCGCGAUUGCAAAUAUCAGCUCGCCGAGCAAAGACGAGAAAUCAGUAUCCUCAAGGAUCUGAUGCGCACAGCUCGCCUCUCACCCGCUUCCACCUUAAAUCGCAGCCUGGCCUCGGGCGCCUCCGGUCCUCACCCAAUCGGGUCUGGUAGUAGUAUCGGCGGUGGUGUCGGCGGCGGCGGCCUGCCUGGCGGUGGGGGUCGGACUGUCACCCACCAAAUCCAAGACGAUGAAGUGAUGCAGUGGUCGUCUUCGCUCGUCCGCGCUCGUGUGACCCGUUGGGGUGGCAUGAUCUCCACCCCUGACACCGUACUUCAGACGGUUAUUCAACGGGCGCUCAGUGAAUCGGGCUGUCCGGAACAUAUAGUGAAUGAACUCAUGGCCAAUGCUCACGAACGCCGCUGGCCGCCCGGCUUGCUCUCUUUGGAGACCCGUCAGAUGAAUCGCCGACAAUAUGAGCAAUACGUGUGCAAACGGAUCCCCAAUAAGCAAGCCGUUGUGGUGAUGGCUUGCGAUAACAUGCACAUGAGCGACGACAUGAUUCUCGAACCCGGGCUAGUGCUCAUUUUCGCUCACGGGAUCGAAUAGGAAUGAAUGGCUGCUCAUUAAUGCCAAACCGCCCAAAUAGUAUGAUAAACCGUAGAUCUUGGCUCGUCAACGAUCAUCAGCGAUCAAGAAUACGGCUGAAAUCUUGCUUCCGUGACUUUUUGACAAGGAUUUUUAUCGCCUGGGCUAGCUUUGAAAUUCACCUACAAUACAGUCAUGCCUAUUUCAUGAAUAAUUAUAAGAAUUCACGCACUGAGAAGAAUUCACGCCCAGAGAAAUUGAA